AUGGCCAGUAUUGCCGCUCUAGAACAGCUCGUCCGCGACGCCUGUGUCGCGUACGCUCCUGCGCUCGCCAGGGAAGUCGACCGUGCCGUGAUUGGCCUGGAGGAGAUGAAGGAGAGCGGGUCUCAUGGCCCCGACGACUGGCGCGCCGCGCUAGACGACACCCUGAAGCUGAUGGUGCGCCCUCCUAUUUGCCCUACACCUCGGGGGACGCACGCUGACCCUUCGGGAAAGGGUGACUACUUCGCGAUCACCCUGCACGGAAGGGAGAUGGUCCCCCUCCUUGAGCGGGUUGAGAUGCUGCUCUGCCUCGCGCACGACCCCGACGACCUGUGGCUGUACUUCCAGGAGCGAUUCCUGCUCGCCAAGUGUCGCGCGACGCGCCUGUACUACCUCGGGGCCCUCCACCGCGUAGAAGCGGCCUUGAUGCAGGCGCGCGUCGUUCGGGGUGUGGCCUCUCGUUCGGAUGCGCCGCUCGGACUGGCCUCGGCCGUGACCCGCUUGGAGGCCCAGCUGCACGAACUUCGGACGGUCCGCGAGGAAUUGAAGGAAGAAUUGCAGCUCGUCGGGGACGUUGCUCCGGAUGCCGUUACGGAGGUCCGGUGA